AUGGAUAAAGAUACCCCAGUGAGUAAUUACAACGAUAAUAAAAAUAAACAAAUAAGACAAAAAAUAUUCGAAUAUAAAUUUGGAAUUCAAUCGAUGAAAAAUUAUAGCAAGGAAGAAAUGGAAAAUAUAAUCAUGACAGAUUUAUUGAACAAAGAAAAACAACAGUGGUUUUUAAAGCAAGAAUUAAAAUUAUUUAUAUUUCGAUUAAAUGAGUUAAAAAAUAUUAACGUAUUGAAUUCACAGAAUUUUGGAGAAAGUGAACGAGGAUUAAUUCAUUUAUUAAAGAGGGAAAAUUUACAUUAUGAAUUUUUGUCCAAACCAGUGAUAUCAUCCUUUGGGGCCAAAGAUGAAACAUGGGAAAAAUAUACGUCCUUUAUCCCUAAUAGAGAUACCAUCGAAAAGGUAUUUAAAAUUCCCUUUUUCCCAGAUGCUUACUUUUUAGUGAAAGAUCACAAAGUGUGUGUAGAUAAAGCCAUCGCAUACGUUCCUGAUAUAUACCUAGAUGCUAUUUUAGUUACUCAAUUCAAAAUAACCAUUAAGGAAUCCUUUAAAUAUCUAGAACAAAAUGAAAAACUGCUACUUAAUGUACAGAAUGACAGUAGAAUAUCUCCCUUCCUGGCAGCUCUACCCAAAGCGUAUGUGGCAAAGGAUUACAGACAAAAUUAUGAACACACACAGGAAACUAGGCUAAUGCCACAAAAUCUCUACACUGUUUAUAAGCAGUCCUUUCCCCCUUGUAUGCGUAGAAUCUUUGUUAAUUUUUUAAAAGAAAAACAUUUGAAGCAUUGGGGAAGGCAACAGCUGUGGCUAUUCUUAAAAGGGGCAGGGAUGACACUGGAGGAAAAUAUCCAAUCUAAUAGAUCCAUAUGGUUACAACCAGACAAAUUUGAUAAGGAGCAUAGAUAUACUAUACGCUAUAUGUAUGGGAAGGAGGGGAAAAAAACAGAUUUUAGCCCAUACAAUUGCUCCAAAAUUAUAAAUAAUUUUCCUGUUCCUUCAAGUGGAGACACUCAUGGGUGUCCUUUUAAGAACUUUGAUGAGGCUCACUUGAGGAGCUUGCUCUUUUUCUUUGGGUUGACUGAUGAUCAGAUAAAAAAUAUCAUGCCUUUGAAAAGGAGCAAUGAAUACCAGAUGGCAUGCGUGAAGUUUUUCAUGGAAAUGCACCCCGGCUCGUCUGCCGACGGGGUGGGCAACCACCCCAACUCGUACUACAUCGAGAGUAGGAAGUACUACAAAUCGAAGGCAACCAACGGGACAAGCGAAACGGGUGCGGAAAAGGCGACCGGCAGUUGA